CCGGGCCCCACCCCCAUGGCGACCGCCGCGACCGCUGCCGCGGCGGCCGUCCCCGCCGGCCGCCACCAGCACCGGCACCGCUUGGGCCUCGGCCUGCGGCCACGCCCCAACUCGCACCGCCUGCGCCUCCUUGCCUCCGUUGCUUUCUCUUCCUCGUCCGCUCCGUCCACCUCCUCCUCGUCGUCGCUGUCCACCCCGGCGGAGGGAGGAGGGCGGCUGGUGGCGGAGCUUGUGGGCGUGUUCAACGAGCUCACGGGUAGGAUGGGGGAGGGCCUGGCGACCACCUCCUCUUCGCGCCUGCUCUUCCGCGCGCUCAAGCUGGCCCUCCCCGCCCUCCGUGACGGCGACGGCGGCCGGGCUCUCACGCGAGCGCUUGCGGUGGCCGCGACCCUCGCCGACCUCCAGAUGGAUGCUGAAGUUAUGUCAGCCGGCAUACUGAGGAAAGCGCUUGAUGCAGGAACUAUAAGCAUGCAGGAUGUAGAGGCUCAAAUUGGGAUCGGCAUAGCGGAUUUACUGCACGAGAGCUUAAGGCUUAAGGUUGCUCCUUCUAAGGUUGAUGUAUUGGAUGAUGAGAGUGCGAGCACGCUGAGAAAGUUUUUUCUUUCGUACUAUGACAUACGGGCGGUAAUUUUGGAGCUUUCUCUGAAGCUCGAUACAAUGAGACAUCUUCAGUACCUCCCCAAGCAUCUUCAGCGGAUUAAAUCUCUUGAAGUAAUGAAGAUAUAUGCUCCACUUGCUCAUGCUGUCGGUGCUGGUAAUCUGUCGCUAGAGUUAGAGGAUCUUUCAUUUAGGUACUUGUUUCCUCAGUCAUAUGACCAUGUCGAUCAAUGGUUGAGGAAUCGAGAAGCCGAGUGCAAGCUCUUGAUAAAGGCAUACAAGGCACAGUUGCUUCAGGCACUGAAAUCCGAUGAUGAGCUAAACAAAAUUGUGCAGGAUAUCUCAGUCGAAGGGAGAUACAAAAGCCGUUUCAGUACUAUGAAGAAGUUGGUAAAAGAUGGCCGGAAACCAGAAGAAGUAAAUGACAUACUUGGUCUACGGAUAAUCUUGGACCCUCGAUGCGAUGGUGGCUCGUCUGAUUGGGGCCCCAGGGCCUGUCACAGGACACAUGAAAUCAUUCGAGCUCUGUUGAAGGAAGUGCCAGGAAGGACAAAGGAUUAUGUCACACAGCCAAAAAGAAAUGGCUACCAGAGCCUGCAUGUGGCAAUCGAUGUAAGUGAACCUGGGAAGACGAGGCCGCUUAUGGAGAUACAAAUACGCACCAAGGAGAUGCACAGGAUUGCUAUUGGUGGAGAAGCGUCCCACUCUCUCUACAAGGGUGGUCUUACUGAUCCUGGAGAGGGUAAAAGACUUAAGGCUAUUAUGUUGGCCGCGGCAGAGUUAGCAGCUCUGCGCCUUCGUGACCUCCCAGCCAGUGAUCACCAGGGAGGCGAGUGCAAAAACCAGGUUUUCUGCCUUCUAGACAAAAAUGGGGACGGAAGGAUCAGUAUCGAGGAGCUCACAGAGGUGAUGGAAGAUCUCGGUGCAGAGGGUGAGGAUGCGAUGGCGCUGAUGCAUCUCCUUGAUGCAAACAGUGACGGUUCCCUCAGCUUUGAUGAAUUCGAGUCAUUCCAGAGACAGGUUGAAUUAAUGAGAAGCUUGGAGGACAGGGAUGACCACUACACAAAGAUACUGAAGGAUAAGCUGCAGACGAUUGACAGCGCAGGUCUCAUCCACUUCUACCGCAAGGAGCUGGGCGACAAACUGCUUGUGAGCUGAAAUAUACGGACCUUACAUUGAAGGAACUGAACGGAACUAAAACGGAUCGCCACCAUGUUGUAGUUUUGAGGUUGGUGUAUACUGCAUUGUGAUGUCAUUACACCAUUAAUUGAAUGUACAUACUUGCUGAUUGUAUGCAGAUGUGUAGAGAACAAGUCUGAGAAAGUUAAGGUUGUUCUCCACACUGGACCAAAAACUAGCUGUGUUGUAUAUUUCUAACUUUGUACAGAUGGUAUUGCCA